CUAAGACAAGUGUCCCUUUGAAGAAAAAAAGUGUUUGCUAUAGCAUUAUGUGACCAAUGCGUACUCAACACAAUAAUCGUGCAUUAACAAACUCACUUAACCUAAAUCGUAGCUUUAAUGAUGACAAUUACCCGGCAUAAGUUACGGUUAUAACAUGGUUACCAUCUACCUUCGUGUCCAUGUGUCGACACAUAAGGUUGGUUAUAUGAUCUUUGCACUCCUGGCCAUCAAGUGAUGGGUUAUGGAUCACGCAAUCGAAUAAGAUUGUGGAGAGCCAAUUGCAGCAACCACCAUCAUUGCACUAGUCUAAUCCUGUGUGAUCAUUUGCUUUCAAAUUCGUCAUCUCAUUUUUAAAAUGCUAAAUACUUGUUCGAUUGCAUUUCAUAUCAACGAAUGAUGGUAAAAUAAUAUAAUUUCUUUCUCGAUAAACAAAAGUGGAAGUCAUCCUAUAACACUAUGACAUUAUGAUAUCAUAUCAAAUUGCUCUCUUUUAUACGGUGAUAGAAAACCUAAUACAUUUGAAUAUCCAGUGUUGUUCCCAUUCAGUCUCUGUUAAGACUUGAGGUGUAGCCUGCGUCAUGUUGUUGCAAGAAGCAAUAAUCAGAUUCAGAGGCCAAUAGAAGAGAAGAUCGACGGCUGGUUUCGAAACUGGAACUGGACCGGAAUCGCAUUUCUCAGCCACCGAAUGAUAUAUUAUGGGCCAUUUUGAGCCCAAAUUCCCUCGGUACUCACACACGUGUACAACGACAAGCUUCAGAAACUAGGGAAAAUAUCAGUGCACAAUUUCCCCCGUAUUCUCCCCAACAAGAACCAGCUCAGUCAAGAAGUUUCUUUUAAUUUCUCCCUUUCAUCCCCUCUAGACUAGAGGCUAACUAAAACCAUAAAUCCGAGUUACCAACCAGAUCCUCUCUCCCUACCAAACAGUUUGCAGCUCUUGUGGCUUCAUCUGAUCCUCUUCUUUUUAUCUUUUUUUAUUCCUUUUUAUUUGCCACCAGAACGAAAAAGAUCCCCUCAGUCUUUCCAUCCCACUCCAGACAAGUUGCCAAUUUGGGGGUUUCCUUUCUUCCACUUAGAGAAAAAAUAUCCACAAAGUUUCCAGCUUUACUGCAGAAGAAUUUGGGGAGGGAGAUGAAGAUACAGUGCAACGUAUUUUAGGCGGCGGAGGCGAACGUGCUGUGCUGCGCAGACGAGGCAGCAUUGUGUUGGGCCUGCGAUGAGAAGGUGCACGCCGCCAACAAGCUGGCAAGCAAGCAUCAAAGGAUUCCGCUUACCAGCUCUUCCCCUCAAUUGCCCAAAUGCGAUAUUUGUCAGGUGAGUUCUAAUCAUCCUGGUCUGUGGUGAUCCUCUUUCCAAUUUUUUGCUUAUUUGGGUUGAUUUUUGUGAUUCGUGUAAAACCCCUGCAUAAUGGGUUGUUCCUUCUGUUAUUUUCUUUGCUGUAUUUUGGGUUUGGUUUUGUUUGAGUUGUGGUGGAUGGAUCAUCCUUAGGUGCACUUGCUGCUUCUGCUACUAACUGGUGUUUGUCCUGGUGUAUAUGAAUUUCCUAGCGAUGUUCUUUUUCAUAAGUUAGGCUGGGAAGAAUAUGUUUUCGACAUGAUGAGAUUAGAGUGGCAAAAAGACUGUGUCUUUGAACUUAAGUAGCCCGAAUUGUAAACCUGGUUCUAGUAGAAUGAUAAGGCAUGCUUUCGUUUGAGGAGGCGAGUAAGGAAAAAGUAUGGGGUCUGGUCACGAAUCUGUCCUAACAAAUCGAGCUAUUGAUACGAUAUAAUUCUCGAGGAAUUUCUUGAACAACAACAAUUCUGAUUUUUGGUGAUAAACUAACUGGGGCUCUUCUAGUACUUCACCCAACCCGAUGGUUUCAUACCAUUGUCUUAAUUCAUCUCUACUAGCUCUAACAUAUGAUCCAAGGUUACUGUCCAGUAUAAUGGCAGACCCUAUUCAUGAUUGAUCUGUACUGAGGUUUUCUUAUUUAUCUCUGAGUAUAUGCGACUUAAAGUUAUGGCCAAAGCUCCCGCCAUGCUGCAUUGGGUAGGAUUUCGGGAAACUUGUGGAGGAUUACCACUUCUAGCAAUUUAGGCCAGGCCUAUGUUGAAGUCGGCUAUGGACCUAGGGAAUACGGCCACGAGCCUGCAUUCUAGAAAGGAAGAAUGCCAAAAUCAUUAGGCACAACUUUGAUGUAGAAAGAUGUGCAUAGUGGUUCUUGAUCCUGCAUAACACAAUGAACAUUGGUCUGGCGUAAUAAUGAGACCUCUUCUUCAAAUGUUCAUGUGAAUCCGCAAAUCUCUGAGAUCACUCUAUCUGAGAACACAUCCUCCACCUCUCUUUUGUACUAUAGGGAUAUUGCUGAGCGGAAGUGAAGGUGCUACUAAUGACCUUAGGAAGUGUUCUUAUUUUCAAUUGUUGUUAUCUUAGUUUCAUUUUCACGAUGACUGUCUAUAAUGGAACCUUCUUUAUCCUGUUGUCUUGUUGAACUGAUGAUAAGAUAUGAUGAUAUUGCAUCCGUUGAUGGUGAGAGUAAAGGUCAAUGUCUUUCUUCAUUGCAGGAAAUGGCAGGUUUUUUCUUCUGCCUAGAAGACAGAGCUUUGCUCUGCAGGAACUGUGACUUGGCCAUUCACACAGCAAAUGAAUAUGUGUCUGCUCAUCAGAGAUUUUUACUUACAGGAGUGAAGGUAGGUCUUGAGCCUACUGAUCCUGGUGGAUCUUCAUCCUCAGGGAAGUCGCCUUCCGGAGAAAAGCCAUCGGCGAUAAAAUCUCAAUCUAUCUCUGAAAGAGUCACACCAGCAAUUCCUUUCGCUAGUUCCUCGAAUGAGACUCCAUCUGUGAAUGGUGGUGGAUUAAGGAUCUCUGAGCCUUCUGCAAAGGUGCCUUUUUCUGAGGGUUAUCAGGCUGGAGGCAUCCAACAGUGGCUAUGAGUCUAACUGAGUUGAACCAAAGUUACAGUUACAUGGGUAAUGGUUCAUCAAAGGUAUGCAUUUCUCUGUUUCCAUUGCAACUCUUGAUUUCGAUGCAUCUUCAGAUCUGUUUCUUUCCUGGACUUGGUAUGGCUUCUCUUUUCACAAUAUUAAUUGUGCUAAAAGCUGGUCCUUACCACUGUGUGAACUAUGAUGGACAUUCUAGUUAAUUUGGAGAAAGAACUAUGCUAAACAUAUCCCCGCAAGUUGCAUGCUACCAAAAGCCCAUUAUGAUAUGGAUGUAAGGAAAUGAUAUAAGAUUUGAUAUGGGACUCUAAUAAACGGAAUGAACCGAUAUUUUAUAGAGUAUUACUAUAUUAGAGCGCUUGAUGGUCGAAAAUUCGUGUGUUUGGACACUGGUUACCCUCAAUGUUAAUGCUUAUAUUUAACCAGAAUACAUGCUGGGCCUACUGCUGCUUUUACUUGUUUCAACAAAACAGCCUUUUGGUGUUUGUAUCAGGCUGGCAGUGGGAGGCGUGGAGACUCCGACAACUCCUCUGAAAUGAUGAGGUCGGGCGAUGACGAAGUGGAUAACGACGGCGAGUGUCUCGGUCGAGCUCCGGACAGCUUUUGGGCAGUGCCGGAGAUGCCAUCACCACCGACUGCCUCGGGGCUCUGCUGGCCAAGAUCCACCAGGGAACAAAACUGGGAUCAUGAGGUGGUAUCUGUACCAGAUAUAAGCUGUUCAGGUGCUCACACCGACUGUGAUGGUAAGAAUCAACAUGUUAGAGCCCGAAAGAGGCGGAGGCAACAACAGCAGCGUUGGAUUACUCCCUUUUGAUUGCCGCUCUGCACCCUUUCGUUAGUCUUCAAUAGAGGUUGAUUUGCAUUCUUCCAUGAUUUCUGUUGCGAUCCUGCUCUUGCUUUUGCUUAGGAUCGCGAAGAGCAAAAUGGCUGAUGCUUUCAAAGUGGGCAUUUUGAGUCGAGGGUGAUGUUUUCAGAAGAAUAAUGUGAUGAAAACUGAUUGUGUACUGUGGUAGACGACCUGCUGUGAAGGAGAGUUCUUAAUUUGCAGCUGUUAGUAAGUAAUGUAAAGUGUGAUUGAUUUAUGGAGUUUGCUCUUACUACUAAUGAGUAAUGACACGACUUGAUAACCAAGUAACCAACUCCUAUUCAUAUAACAGAAUCAAAAGCAAGCACGAAC